UUUCAUCUUGCCUCCAUCACCGACGCCAUGCAACGAGAGAGCAGUGCGACGCCGCUGGAGCCGAACCUGAACAGAAACGUCAACUGGAUGGACUCUCCUGGGUUCAUGGGGUUCUAUGUGAUCACCCUGUUCAUCAUCUACAUCGUUGUGCAUACGAUCGUACCUGUGGACUGGGCGUGGACAAGCGUCAACAUUGUGCACGGGUUUUUCUCCUUCUUGACCAUGCAUUGGAUCAAAGGGUCCCCAGACGAAGACCCGUCUAGUCUCGGCGGCCAGUACCGGGAGCUGACAUUUUACGAGCAAAUCGACGACGGGCGACCGUGGACAUGGAUAAAGAAGUUCCUGAUCGUGGUCCCGACACUCUUGUUGUUGUGGGCGAGUGUCAACUCCAACUACGACACCACCCAGUUGCUGAUCAAUGUGCCGGUGUGGAUAGUGCUAAUCUUGGCGAAGCUUCCCGAGCUGCAUGGCGUCCGCUUGUUUGGCAUCAACCGCACCGUGGGCAUCGACGACGACGCCAAGCUCCAUUUUGCUCAAUCCAACAAACGCCGCGAUUAAGUUUGAGAACGCGAUGGAUUCAUUUGAAUCUCAUUUGAAAUAAAAUAUCCUUCUCAUUCAACCGAGGGGUUAAGCAAGAACCUUCUUCUACAUAUAAAAGGCAAUGCAAUUGACCCGUGCACA